CGGGCCGAGCGGGGGCGGCCAUGCGGGUGCGCGUGCGGAGCUGGCACGGGGUCGCGUCUUGGCUCUGGGUGGCGAACGACGAGAACUGCGGCAUCUGCCGGAUGGCGUUCAACGGUUGCUGCCCCGACUGUAAAGUGCCCGGCGACGACUGCCCGCUGGUGUGGGGACAGUGCUCGCACUGCUUCCACAUGCACUGCAUCCUGAAGUGGCUGAACUCGCAGCAGGUGCAGCAGCACUGCCCCAUGUGCCGCCAGGAGUGGAAGUUCCGCGAGUGACGGCGGCACC